AGAGAAAUGUAGAGAGACCGGCACACCACCACCAUUAGCCACCUGUCAGUCCAGGUGGAGAAACGUACUGCUGGACAUCUGAGCCUGGAGGUUUUACUGAAAGACACCUCUUUAACUCGGGAGAGUUUACAUUUCUUUUAUUUAUUUAACUAUCAGUCUUUUUUAGGGUUUUAUUUAAUAUUUGUGUUUUGGAAGGAACUGAACUUUAGUCUUGCUGUGGCCACUAGCAGAUGUACUCUAUGGUUUACUGAAUCCCAACCAGCAAGGUAUUUUUUGAGGAGGAUUGUUUUCAUCAGUCUCUGUUGAUCCUUAGACUGAAUCCUUAAGGAGUUUUCUGUUGGUGUGGCGGUUUCUGAGAGACCCAUCUUCGGAUAAGCGGCGUGAUCAUGGCAGACUUCCCGUCCAAGGUUACCACGGAGACCAGCUCCCCCCACUCCCAGAGCUCUCAGCAGGGGGGCAACAGCCUCCAAGGGCUGGCCGCUAACUUCACCACUAUGAUGGACAUGUCCUUUAUCCGAAGCAUCCCGGCCAUCCUCAUGAUUGUUGAAAUAGUUCUGGGGCUGCUCCAGUGGGCGUUGAUAGCCGGUGCCCCCUACACUUUGCUGCCAGCAUAUGGCUGGGUGAUGUUUGUGGCCGUCACUCUGUGGAUCCUCACCACAAUCCUCUUCUUCAUGAUCCUGUUCGACGGCCGGCAAAAGCUCACGUUCAUCCCCUGGCCCCUGACGGUAAUGGUGUAUUUCGCCGGAGCCACGGUCCUCUAUCUGACCGCCUUCCUGGCCAACGCAGCAUCUGUGCAACCCUUCUACUUCACGAUUUUCUACGGACAAAUGGCAGCCGCCGCUUUCUUCGGUGCUGUGGUGACCGUGGCGUACGGGGCCAGUGCCUUCUUCUCCUAUUUGGCCUGGAAGGGAGAUGGAGGGAACGCUGCCACCAACACAGUGCCCACCUAGGACUCAAUCCUGAUCCUGGAAAAAGAUGCCUUGUGUUUUUUCUCCCCCUCAAGAUACUGUAGUUAAAUCCUGACCUCUUCUUAAACCAAGUGUUACCAAUGAGACAAAACCUAAUUCAGACGAAAAUAUCCUCUAUUAUAUAUACUACUCAGUCAAACUCAGUAGACUUUUACCUUAACAUUAUAAAAAAGAAAUUGUACAUCAGCACUGGAUUGUCCACAUAAAAUGUAUUGUACUACAUACUACAACACAAUGUUUCUUUGAAGCGGCUCUAGUGGACUGCACUGAGGCCUCAAAUUUAGAUUUCUCAAAAUAUUACCUUUUUAUAAUACUAUUGUAUAUACACAAAUAUAGCAGACAGUGUCUUCAAGUGUUGGUAAUAACACAGCGUAUUGGCAUACUAGGACCUCCAAGUUAUGCAGCCCAGGCCCCCAGAUAGCUCAGUUGGUAGAGAGGGUGACCGUAUAUAGAGGUUUACUCCUCAACGCAGCGGCCCUUUGCUGCGUGUCAGUGCCCUUUUCUCUUCCCUGUCAUGUUUUCAAUUGUACUGUCAAAAAUAAAGGCAAAAAAAUUAUCUUUAAAAAUAUAUAUAUAUAUAUAUACAGCCGGACCUAGUGGCAGCUAAUGGGGAUUCAAAAAAAAGAACAAAGAAUAACCAAAUCCCCUCACCAGCAUCUCUAAAGUUCAAUGAUUCAUUUGUUAUCUUUGAAAAUAGCCAGGUUAGCGGUUUCCCUGAUUCCAGUCUUUAUGCUAAGCUCUGAUAACUGGCUGCUGGCUAUAGCUUUAUACGUAAUGUACAGUACUAUGAUAUGUCAUUUAUCAAGGAAAAAAACGCGAUGAUACGUAACUCCUGAAAAUUGUUUGUUUAGUAUUUCUUGUUUACAGGUGGUGGUAGCAUUGGUCGGGCUGGGGAGUACUGGCCCGAUAAGCCUGAACCAGUGUAGGUCCAUGUCAUAACGUGCUUGACUCCUGCUUUUGCUUUCUGUGAUGCUCAUAUUAGGGUUAUGCUGUAACACACCAACAUGGCAGUGGAGAUGUGAAGAAUGACUGUAUGCAUAGUAUCUGUGUCCUGCGGUCUUUGACUUAUGUACAGUGCAUGUGCUUUUAUGAAAUGUGUUUCUUUUUGUACCAAUAAUUUAAAUACUAGUGAAAUCCUGUGGGGAGCUCUGGGGCUCAAACAUGCACUUGUUGAAAUAAAGCACUUGGAUGAUUU